AUCGAAAUCGUCUAUGUGAAGUGGGGAAGAUGGUGCGUAGGAUUUUCUUCUUCUUCUUUUUCCCCUUCCUCCUCAUGACGCUCGUUGGUGCCGAACCCAGUGUGAUAGACAGUUUGACCAUUCAACUUCCAUCAUCUCCAGACGAAGGAGGAGGAGGAGGCGGAGGGGCGUCGCUGAAUUCGCCUUCGAAGCCGCUUUUUCUUGGACUUCCCUCCGUGAAGCAUUUUACAGGACGCUCUUCAAACAAUCCAGAAUGUCCUGACAUCACUUGCUUUACUAUGACCCUCUUCAAUGGUUCCACUAUCUUUGAUUGUACUACUGAACCACCUCGUGGCUCUUCAGUGGUGCAUCUACUUGACUGCAAUUACUGGCAACCACCCAGCACUUCCUUAAUUCCUAUCACAGCUAAAUUUUUCAACAACGGCGCCAGAUCUGUUCUCAAGGCUGCCAAUCAUGCAGUUCCACUGCGAAUUGUCCUCAAGCCACGGACCACGAAUCCCAACCUUCGGAUUGCUGUCGACACUAUGGUGCCCGGCGCCUUGACACGUCUGGUCGAGGCUGUUCGUCGACACGUGCGACCCAAAUUCACAACACCGAUCAAACUCUCUCUAAUCAUGGUGAAGAUCAAACGCCUGACGUACGAGGACUUGGCCAGCGUUUUUAUGGUUGCAAAUAUAAGCGGUCUUAUUCUCUGGAAUCCGGACUACUUAGAUGAGACAAGUUUUUUACAAGAUGCCGACAAAGUAGCCGCAUUUUCGGAGACGUAUGUCCGACUAACCUUUUACUGUGAGACGGAGAAUGACUUUCCAGCUUUUGGACGACUUUGGUUACCGUGGUUGAGAUGGCAAGUAAAAUUUCUACAAUGUCGAGGUCACUACACUUGCUACCGAUGGCCACGUGAAGAACGGUUGUGCUGCAAUCCAAAGCGCUGUCCAGAAACGCCCGGUUACGUGGUGACCCAUGCGGAUAAAUUGGCUAAACGCGAUUCUGCAGCCUCACUCAUCCAUCAACAACAGGUGUUGGAUUUUUAUUCUUGUGAAACAGAAUCAGAUUUGACUAAUCCUUUGGUGGAGCUUAAGAAGCGGGAAAAUUGUUGGGCCAUUCCCGGCUACGGCGAUUUGGACACCACACUUCGACCUACAGAACCCACUUCCACGACGACGACUGCAUCCACCACUCAGUCGCCUUCAACCAUCUCAACAGAAAAUGCCAAUUUGUUGACGUCGACAGCUCCCAUCUCAAAUACAAACUCAACCGCACCGCCUCAUCUACCUCUCCUACACCCACCUUCCGGAGGCGGUUCAACUGACCACAUAAAAAUGCGCAAUUUGGUUAUUGGAAUAAUUUGUCUG